UUUUUCGAAGAGUCGAUCAAACCGCGAACAACAUCAGAAGAUCGUUUACGAAACGUACUGUUAUAGUUUUUGUUUUCAUUAUGGUGUGCCUUUUAAUUGAAGCUUUUUCCCUGGUAGGGAUCAUACUUUGGCAGUUUUUAAAAUCGUUUAUUCAAAUAUUUUUCCCUCCACCUCGUAAAGACGUAAGGGGAGAGAUAAUAUUCCUGACUGGCGCUGGAAGUGGAAUUGGUCGACUGAUGGCUCUGAAAUUUGCCAAGCUAGGAGCUACUAUUGUUUGCGUUGAUAUCAAUCAAAUGGCCAACGACUCUACUGUCCAGGAAAUAAAAGAUCAAGGACUUUCUGCGUACGGUUAUAAAUGUGAUUGCAGCAGUCGGGAAGACAUUUAUCGAGUUGCAGAACUUGUGAAGAACGAUGUGGGCGAUGUUACGAUCUUGAUUAACAAUGCAGGAAUUGUGAGUGGAAAGAAGUACCUGGAGACAGAAGAUUGGAUGAUUCAGAAGACCAUGGAAGUCAACACGAUGGCUCAUUUCUGGACAACUAAAGCCUUUUUACCAUCCAUGCUGGAAAAAAAUCAUGGUCAUGUUGUUACCAUUGCAUCAUCUGCUGGUCUGUUUGGUGUCUGUGGUUUGUGUGAUUACUGUGCCUCUAAAACUGCUGCUGUUGGUUUUGACGAAUCUUUGAUGAUGGAACUGAAUGCCACAAAGAUGACAGGAGUACACACAACAGUUAUUUGUCCAUUCUUCAUCAAUACAGGAAUGUUUGAUGGAGUGAAAACCAGGUUCCCAUUACUACUUCCAAUUCUGGAACCUGACUGGGCCACAGAUAAGAUGGUGGAUGCAAUCCUCCGCAAUCAAGCCAUGCUGUUACUUCCAAAGAUUCUGACUUUGUUUCUCUGGAUUAAAUGCACUGUCCCAACAGCUACUUAUCAUGCACUAGCAGAGUUCUUUGGGACCAAUGCUUGUAUGGAUGAUUUCAAGGGAAGAUCAAAGAAAUCAGAAUGAAGAAUUUCAAUACUUUGUGUCAUUUUACAGGAAUUCAGUUAAUACCAGCACUGACAUCAGCUUUGAUUGGUUCUUGAUACUUCAUUUACCAGUUUGUGAAUGUGAACAAGACAUUUUGAUUUUUAACAUGCAAGUGUGGGUCCUUUUACAAACAUAGGCCGCAAAGAUACAAAAUAAGAUAAUUAUGUUCUGUAAGUUAUAUGGCUUUAAUAACUAUGUUCAGAAUUUACCAGUUGAAUUUGUAACCUCAUGCAAAUUCCUAAUUACAUAUGGGGCUGUUAAAUGAGGGGUGUGCUCCUUUAUUUUAAGUACAACAGGUUAAAGACCUUUUUGAACUGGUAAAGCAAUCCUUUUACCUGUUGAAUUUUCAAGGAUAUCAAGUGGUUUUUAGGCAGUAAUAAUAAGUACUAUAAUUGGUGUAACAUGUUACCACCUGAAAAGGACAACACUGUUGAGAUGUGUCAUCUGGAAUUUAACAGACAACCUGCCUUUUUUUUUUUUUGGCAAUUAGUACAACCUUGUCAAAUAUUCAAUACCAUUGUGGUGGUCUGAUGAUUGUAAAGAGAUAUCUGCACAUAAAGUAUUCUUACUAAAUACCUCAUUUUACAUGAGCUGUUUUGAUACUGAGUUAUUUGCAAGGCAACAAUUGUGAACUGGUAGAGCAAUCCUUUUACUCGUUAAAUUUUCAAGAAUUCCUUAAAUUUUACUGGUUACCAGUUUUUUGUUUUGUUUUGUUUUUGUUUUGUUUUGUUUUGUUUUUUUCCCUGAUGAUGUCCUACCCUUGAAAAUGGUUGGUUUUUACUUUUUAAAUACGUAUUGUUGCCAUGUAAAUAGAUCAUUUUUAAACCUAAGAUUGUUAUGGACAUUAUCAUGAUAAUGUACCUCAGAAGUUAUUUUCAUUUCCAACAAGUUAUGCAUCCCUUGUAAUUUUAAUCUCUAUUUCAAGAUAUAUAAUACUUUUAUUUUAAUUUUUGAUACAUGGCUGGAUUGUUAGAUGGUGUAGGUUAACUUUUUAUGAUUUGUAGUUGACAUUUUAGUUUCCAUGUAAAGCAGAGGUGUGGAUUUUCAUCAGCCUUAAGUGGAGUGGUAAGAGAGAGAAGAGGAAAAACCUCAGUUUGGCUAAUUUUUUCAGUUGGUUAUUUGUCAUGGCAGAAGUGGAAAAUAAAAGAAAUUUGUUUGCAAAGUAUCUCUUCUUUAGAUGGCUUUGGUCUAUGGUUUGACUAUGGUGUUAUGAUCUUCUCAAGAAUUGAUGGAAAUAAUCAGUUGUUACUUUGAAGUGGUAGAAAUAUGACAAAGUUUGAGUUAUCAAUAAUAAUAAAAUAUGGAUUUUAGCUCAUA